CGAAAAUCAAACUAAAGCCGAACAGCCGCUGCAGGGCGGAUGGGCGAUGCAUCAAUAGUUGCAUGCAUUAUUGAAGAUUUGAAGUUGUGUUUCCUUGCAUUCUUCUCAACACUGUCGUCAGAAUUUUAAAAGUGGGUCCCACACAUUUAGCGGUGCGUAUCGAUCCCCGGAACAUUACGUGGCAAAUUAGUUCGGACCCAACAGUCGGUGUGAGCGUCCCCGCUGGAUGCUGCAGUUAGUAGCACCAGUCUCUUGGAACUUGGAAGCAGAAGCACAGUUGUUCAUAAUGUGUUUGUUUAUAACCGUUUGUAAUGAAAAAGGGCCUGAUAUUGGACGUUCAAUAAUGUCUUUGGAUCCUUUAAUUAUCUCCAGGAAACCAUCUUCAACACCUUCACCACCUUUUGCACUUCGUUUCCGAGAUUCUCGCAAGCUCAGGCUCGCCUCAAGAUGCUCCCCACAUCCCAGACUGCGUUUCAGGCUCGUGGUCCAAUCUCUCGGUAACAGAUGGAAAUUAAAUGACAUCGACAUAAUUCCAGAAAGAUUAAAUUUGUGGCUGCUAAAGACCCAAAGCUUUUUGAAUGGUGUUGCUCAUCCAAUUGUUCGAACAAGGCAGGUCAGAAAACCUGAUAUUAAAAAUGCAAUGGAUUCUGAAGAAAUUGAAGAAAUCUUUAUUGCAGAGCAAACUAUUGAGAGAAGAACACCAAAAGGAAAUCUUUCUUUAACUGCUAUUGUUUCCAUUGAGCAGUUCAGCAGGAUGAAUGGAAUGACAGGGAAAAUAAUGCAGAAAAUAUUUGAGGAACUUGUUCCUGAGUCUGUACGGAAUGAUGCCCGCAACUUAGUGGAGUAUUGUUGCUUCAGGUUCUUGUCAAGAGAUAGUUCUGAUAUUCAUCCUUGCUUGAAGGGACAUGCAUUCAGAAGACUUCUUUUCAUAACAAUGCUUGCAUGGGAGAAUCCUUACAGUGAAGGCAUUGUUUCACAUGUCAAUGCUUCGGGAAGUACUUCCUUGCAGAUGAAGCUUGUAAGAGAAGAGGCUUUUGUUCGUAUAGCUCCAGCUGUUGCUGGUCUGGCUGAUAGAUUAACAGUAUACAGUCUUUACAAGGCACUUGCGGGAGAAGAACAGGGGAUCUCUUUAAGCUCGUGGACUAUGUAUAUUGAAGAAAUUCUCAAGGUUCAUGAAGGGCGGAAGUCAUACCAGACACGAGAAACACCCAUACUUUCUGAUGAACAAAUCUUAUGUGUUGGUUCUAGCAGUAAGCAACCUGUUCUAAAAUGGGAAAAUAGCAUUGCUUGGCCUGGAAAACUUAUAUUGACAGAUAAAGCACUCUAUUUUGAGGCAGUUGGUCUGAUAAAUCAGAAAGAAGCUAGUAGGUUGGAUCUUACAAGACAUGGUUCAAGGGUGGAGAAAGCAAGAGUUGGACCUUUGGGAUGUGAACUUUUUGACUCUGCUGUCUCUGUUUCAUCUGGUCCCCAGUCAGAAACUUGGUUGUUAGAAUUUGUUGAAUUUGGUGGUGAAAUGAGACGAGAUUUGUGGCAUGCUUUUAUUAGUGAAUUAAUUGCCUUGCAUGAGUUUAUACGUGAAUAUGGACCAGAGGAUGGUGAUCAAUCAGUUAAUUAUGUAUAUGGUUCUCAUAAAGGGAAAACAAGAGCUACCAUAAGUGCAAUUAACAGUGUUGCCAGACUACAGGCACUUCAUUUUAUUCAGAAGUUAUCAGAAGAUCCUGCUAAACUUGUUCAGUUCGCAUAUUUGAGAAAUACACCUAAUGGUUAUGUAGUUUGCCAGGCAUUGGCUGUAAACUUUUGGGGUGGACCACUAGUUAAAAAAUUUGCAGAGUCAGACCAUGUAGAAAUGAAAGGAACAAGGCCUUCAAAUGAGGUCUCUGGUAGUAUUCAUGUCUUUGACAUAGAUGGAAGUGUUUACUUGCAGAAGUGGAUGAAAUCUCCAUCUUGGGCAACUAAUGCAUCAGUUACCUUCUGGAAAAAUUCUUCAAUAAGACAAGGUCUAGUUUUGAAUAAAAAUCUUGUUGUGUCUGAUAUGACUCUUGUAGAAAAGGCAGCAAUAACUUGCAAAGAGAAAAGUCAGGUUAUUGAGAAAACACAAGCUACUAUUGAUGCUGCAAUGCUGAAAGGGAUCCCCAGUAACAUUGAUCUUUUCAAGGAGCUUAUGCUUCCAUUUGUGGUUGUUGCCAACAAUUUUGAAAAGCUUAGGCACUGGGAGGAGCCACAUUUGACAGUGUCUUUUCUUGCAGUUGCCUAUACCAUAAUCUUUAGAAACCUGCUUUCAUAUGCAUUUCCUGUUGCAUUGAUGAUUCUAGCAGCUGUCAUGCUGUUGUUAAAGGAGCUUAAAGAGCAAGGUCGUCUAGGAAGAUCUUUCGGGAAAAUUAUAAUACAUGAUCAGCCACCUUCAAGUACAAUUCAAAAGAUCAUAGCUUUGAAAGAGGCAAUGAUUGACUUAGAAAAUUACCUGCAGAAUCUGAAUGUUGCACUUCUAAAAAUUCGUACAAUUUUUCUGCCAGGUCAACCCCAGAUAACAGCUGAGGUUUCUCUGGUACUGUUGGCUGUUGCAUUUAUUCUCCUUGUUGUUCCUUUCCGCUUCGUCCUUGCAUUUUUACUUCUUGAUCUGUUCACACGGGAGCUUGGGUUUCGUAGAGAAAUGGUUAUAAGGUUCUCAAGCUUCUUGAAGGAACGUUGGGAUAGUGUACCUGCAGCUCCUGUGGUUAUAUUACCAUUUGAGAGUGAUAAAGCUGGGUCUGCUGAUCUAAGCAAGGCAAUUGAUGGUCAAGGACAAUUAGAGAUAACAGACUUCACCCAAAAGUCCAGACCUACUUAAUUGUAUCAUUUUCAUGGUUGUACAGGACUAUAUCUAUUACCUUAUAAAAAGGAGAGUUUCUUCCUCCAUUCAAACUUUUGUAUUGGUUUCCCUACCUUUCCUUCAAACCAAAUACAGCCUUAA